CACUUUUCAACACACUGAACUGAGUUGUGAUUGUGAAACAAACAACCAAGGGUUCCAGCACGUAAAAAUGGCUGCAACCAGAUAUCGUCGUUUUCUUAAGCUUUGCGAGGAAUGGCCAAAAGACGAAUCGAAAAGAGGUCGCGAUUUAGGGACAUUUUUACGUCAAAAGGUUGCCAGUGCUUUCAGGGAAGGGGAAAAUACACAGAUUUCAGAUCCAGAAAAAUGUGACAUGAUGUAUGAAAGUUUGGCCCGCAUCAACAGUAACAUGUACAAAGAAAAGUUCCCACGAGCAAAAGAUACAAGUUUUACAGGUGUAACAGUGGAAGAGUGUCGAAUGCUUUUGGCAACAGGAAACAUGCAACAGACAGAUGAAGAGAAAAAGGGGUUAUGGCAAACUGUAAUGGAUCGCUUCUCCUCCAAACCUGAAGAUCGGCCAACUUCUGAGAAAUCAGAAAAAUAAUCACACUGUACAGACUGUAUUUAUUACCCUUUGCACUUUUUCAAAUAAAACGAUUAAGAUGUAAA